ACACACACACGGGGCGGCAGAAGCAGGCGCGCGUGUCUAGGGGGCCCCCCCGGCCCGGGACCCGGCUCCUAUCAUUGGCUGCCACAGACCCCCUCAUUCAUUAAUGAAAUUAGCGGCACGCUUCAGCCGAGCGGGAGCCACCAAUGGCCGUGCAGGCAGCGGGCAGCAGCAGCGCCGGGAGUGAGCUAGGAGGAGGGGCAGUAAGGACAACAAGGGGGGACGUGGGGAAGAUGAGUGAUGAUAAUGAAAAGAAUAGCCCUGAGAGGGGGCACUGUGCCCCGGGGUAGCUGUGAUUGUGCUGCUGGCUGUAUAUAAGGGGGUUUAGGAGGGUCGUGUGCCAGACGCGCAGCCACUCAGCCACAGGCAGCUCCCCCGGACUUGCGCUUGGAGGGCAGGACGCGUGCCAGGGCGCAACACCCAACGGUGCCAGGCGUACACCCGGAGACACCCUCUCUAGCCGCCCGCCAGCAGCAGCAGUGUCAGAGCAGGAGGAAGAUGAUACAGCAGCAGCGAGAGUACAGGGAGGAGGAGGAGGAGGAGCUGCUGUCCUCUCCCUGCUCCGUGUCCUCCUCCAGCAGCCUGCCGUCACCCCAGCAGCAGCUCCCCGCCGCCGCCACCUGCUUCAGCUCUGAGGACGAGCAGCUCCUCAUCCCCACCGCUUCCUUGCACCUGCACCCGUCGGAGGAGGAGGGCAGCAGCAAGAAGCUGAGGCGGCACCGGGCGCGGAAGAGCGGGGAGCUGGUGACCAAGAUCAAGAAGUGCCGGCGCGUGAAAGCCAACAACCGGGAGCGGAACCGCAUGCACAACCUGAACUCGGCGCUGGACGAGCUGCGGGAGGUGCUGCCCACCUUCCCUGAGGACGCCAAGCUCACCAAGAUAGAGACGCUGCGCUUCGCGCACAACUACAUCUGGGCGCUCUCCGAGACCCUGCGGCUGGCCGAGCAGCUGCACCCCGGGGCACCCAGUGCCCUGCUCACCGACUCGCCUCCAUCUCCCAGCUGCUCUACCACCUCAUCAUGGAGCUGCACGUCCCCGUCUUCCUCCUGCGGCUCCCUGUCCCCGGCCAGCCCGGCAGCAUCGGCCUCGGAUGCCCUAGACUAUUGGCAGCGCUUACACUGUGCCCCGGGCGGCAUGGCAUACAGCUGAGCGAUGUCCCGGUGCAGGACCACGUAGCUGGAUGGGAGCGUCCUGCUGUCAGACUAUGACACCGUGUAUGUAGCACACCCCUCAGUCCGGGACAGUACAAGGCACAUGCCAGCUGCUGCUUCCCUGGGCAUCCGCUGGAUGAAGGAGCUGGCACAAGUCAGGGGAUUACUACCCAGUGACUGUAAUGAAGGCUGCUGGUGACUCUGUCAGAGGGAAAGUAGCUCAAUGUCAUGUUAUUUAUCCCAGCAGCACAGCCAGUCAUGAGACAGUGAUUUGUAUGUCACUUAUGUUAGAAUAUGACAUUUGUCAGUUUCUAUAGAUAAGGGUAUUAUAAUCUGUCACAUGUGCUAAAUUCACUUCUACCUGUGAUUAACAGGGAGGUCUCCCAAGGGCCCCCAAACACAGAGGGGCCCCCACACAUAGCUAUAAUACCAGUGUGGGGGCACUAUGGGGUUCUAUGUGGCAUAAUGUCAACUGGAGGCACUAAAGUGUGUCCAAAACUUUAAUACACUUUAAAACUUAGAUUAUCUACACAUUAUACUUUUUAGUAACAUUAUCAUUUUGACAAUUUAAUAGGUAAGGGCCCCAAGAAACCUUAAUCUAGACCUGGUGAUUGGUGUGAGAAUUUCACCUGUCAGACCGAACCUUUCCGCUGACUCGCACUUCGUCCACUUUGCCAGACUUGAUCACAAUACCUUUUUGUUGUGCCAUUCGCUAUCCCCAUUUCCAUCUGUCCUGUAUGAUUUAUUUGGGGGAAAAAAAAAAAAAAGUUGUUCGCCAGAAGGCCAGGUUAGAAGUCAUUGUAUAAUUUGUAGGCUUUUGUUCCCCCUGAAUGGAAGCGUGAAAAUGUAGGCUGAACUCAAUAUCAAAAGGAGAAAAUGUGGAAAAAAAGGGAAAACUAAAAAGGGAGGUUUCGUUCAUACAUUAUUUAUCUUAGCUCUCAGAGGAUGAGAAACCCCCUCUUUCAGGAGAUUAAAAGAAAGCAUCAGAGCAGUGUGAUGACUGAUCAGAUACAUGUUCACUUUUAUUUAUUACAGAUGACAAUUUCACGGAGUAUAUGUAUUUUUUUGUAUAUUUUUGAAAGAGUUUAUUCUAGAAUGUAUUUACAGCAAGAAAAACAUCUUGUGCUAAUAAUUAUUAA